UUAAUUUUUUUAAAAAUUAGGUAUUAUAUUAUUGCUUCUAUAAUUAUUAAUUAUGAGUUUUUUUCCUGCUAUUUUAUGAAAAAUUAAGUUCCAAUUUUUGAAGUAAAAAAGAAAAAUAUUAUUGUUAUCGUUUCAAUCUUUAGGGUUCAUUUGGAUAAAGAAGUUAAAAAUUUAACCUUUAUGGAUAACAAAAAGACAGUAUUUUCUUUAGGACAGAACUGUAAUGUUGUUUUGUUGCUUUUUUUGCUUGAAAGAGUGACCUCCAAACAGUGCCUUAGCUUAUGUUAGAUUGUUUUUUAUUCAGCUUUAGUUACCUAAAGAUAUUAAUUGAAAGGAAACGAGUGCUUUCUAUCGCUGUUUUUUUGGUAAAAUAUGAGCUAAGUAGUAUCUUUAAUUGUUUAAUUCCUUGGUUCAUGUCACUGUUGAGGUUUUGAGCUUCAGCACUGAUUUGUGGGAAAAUGUCUACAAAGAAAUAAAUGGAUUCAAAUAUUGUAUUUGAUUGUAAGCUUGUUUUAAAAAAAUCAUUACAACUUAAAAACAAUAUGCUUUAUGUUACCGUUAGAGAUGUUAGAGACUUAGAGUAAUUAAUGUAUCUUCCUUGUAGAUAUUAAUAUAUGGAAAGAUGAAUUGGCUAUUAGGGUUUUGAGCUUCAAAAGAUGUUUAAUGGAAGUUUCCUGGGUGUAUGAAUUGUUAGGCUGUGCCGUUUGCCUGUACUGCUCUUUGGGUUUUGGCCUAUUGAAACAAAAUAUACUUUUAUGCUUGGUUUUUGGGAUAAUGGUGUUGGGUAAGCAAUUGGUGAUGCGUUUUCUAGUUUGCAUGAACAUUAUAUAUGUUGCACUGCUUUUCCAAGAUUGCAGGAAGGAACCUAGUUUGCAACAGUUAUGCGUUUCGAAGAGACAAGUAAGAAUGUUAUUACCUUACUCUAAGCAUAUCCUGGCUAGUUUCUUUUUAUGUUUGUCAUUGGUGGUGUUUACUUUGCACUUCUAAAACAAUAAUGGCAUUAAUAGCUUUAUUUAGAAAUGAUUUUGAUUCUGGUUUAUUUUGCUUCCAGAUGGAGAAAAAAAUGAGGAACCUGCGGCUGCUGGUGGUCUCUAUAACGCUGUUUCCUUUUCAUAUGGAAACACUGGUGAAUCAAACGAGCAAAAGGAUGCUGAUGUGGAAUCUAGUUUUCGGCCACCCUUUCCUGUUCCUGAAACCUUACUUCAAAACCUAUUUCAGAUGCUCGGAGCGCAGAUGCAGUUCUUGUUUCCUUUUGAUGUCAUGACAAGGGUGCAUGCAGGUGGGAUUAGAAUGAUAGAAAUUUGUUACCUUACAGGAACCCUAUUCACUUGAGCAAAUGGAAUGAUACAUAUCUUCCUAGGAGUUCUCUAUUUCUUGAUCUUUGUGCUUAUCUGAAUAUAUGUGAGAUUCUGUGGUUUUCUUUUUUCAUUUUUAAUUCUUUGGGAUUAUUCGUAAGUUUUCAGUCACUCUUGGAACUUUGCAAUUGUUAAAUUUCUCAUUAUUGACUUGAACACCCUUUUUGUUCUUUUUCUGUCUUUUCUUUAGCCUCCUACGGAGAAAGUACAUCAGAUUAUGGCUAGGACAGCUAUAUUUGUAAGCAAACAUGGUGGGCAAUCAGAGAUUGUUUUGAGGGUCAAACAAGGAGACAACCCAACAUUUGGCUUCUUAAUGCCUGAUCAUCGACUUCAUCCCUACUUUAGGUUUCUUGUUGAUCACCAAGAACUUUUAAGCAGCAAUUCCAUUGAUGAAGAGAGCAAAGCUGAUGGUUCUCUUGAUCAGGCAAGUAGUGGUAGAGGGGGUGGCGCUUUAUCUUUGCUUGGCACUGUAUAUGGUUCCGGAGAAGACGAGGAUGGUGAAACGGAGAAUGCUACUGAAGCUAAGAGAAUGGAAUCUGGGGUUGCUAUCAAUAAAAAUUCAACUGACGGACCAGAGCAGAAAGAAUCUUCUUUAAGUGUUAGUAGAAAAGAUGAUACUGUAACUAAACAUUUGGCCCCUUUGAAGGAAAAGGCUUCUCUAAUAAAAAGAAAUCAAUCUAUGACAUCAGUUAAGCCUGGAACAUUGACUGGGUUGAAGAAAGAAAGUGAUGCUUCCGCAGCUGAGAAAUCACGAGCUUCUUCUUUGCCACCCAUAUCAAAGGUUGAAAUACCUGUAGUGGAGCCUCCAUCUGAUUUAAAGAGAGUGGUUGAUAAGAUUGUCGAGUUCAUACUCAGAAAUGGUAGACAGUUUGAAGCAGUUCUUGUUGAACAAGAUGUGAAGCAUGGGAGGUUCCCAUUCCUGUUGCCAUCCAAUCUAUAUCAUCCAUAUUAUUUAGAAGCUCUUCAAAAAGCUGGAAAGUCAAAGUUACCUGGUAAAGGAUUAAUUUCUGAGAAGCAUGAUUCAUUUGGCCGUGGGGUAGAGAAGAAAGCUGCUUCAUCCCGAGAAAGUGAUAGUGCAUCUCUUGGAUCUGACAUACCAUAUAAUUCAGAUAGGAAAGGGAAGUUUAAAAUGGUAAUCAGCAAAUCAAAGAAGGAUGGACAAGAUCCCCCUUCUUCCAAAGCUACCCAGCCACAAAUCGGAGUUAGUGUGGAUGCAGCUGCCGCAGCUGCUAUUCUUCAGGCUGCCACAAGAGGCAUUAAGAAACCAAAUUUAGAGAUUCUUUCGAAGACAUCAUUAAAUGGUAGCAGUCAGAUCCCAACUAGUGACGAUGGGCAUGUCCCAAGUUCUGGUCAGGUUGCUAAUGCUAUUGCAAAGACAGCAGCUAUUGCAGCUGCAAGUGAGGCUGAUUCGUCCGAGGCAUGUUUGACAAAAGAAGAAAAACUGAAAGCUGAACGAUUAAAACGGGCAAAGAUGUUUGCAGCCUUGAUAAAAAGUGGUUCUGCACCACUUAAAACCGAAUCAUUGCGUGGCUUAUCUGCCGAACCACCUGAGUUAGGGGUUUGUGGUUCAGGUGCUGAGGGUGGAAGCCUUUCUGUAAAAGAAAAGGAAGGCAGCUCAGGUGCAAUGGAUAUCGAUACUUGUGACAAAAAUGAAAAGAUGAAUUCUGGUAUUCAUCAUAAUGAACGUCGAUCAAAGAGGAAGUACCGCUCGAGAUCAAAAAGACAUGAAGCAGUUAGCGGACAGGAGGAGGAAGAACAAGAAGAAAAAGAAGAUAAAGUAAGGGACGGACACUCGGGUAGAAAACGGAGAUCUCAUCACCAAAGUAGGGAUAGGCGUAAGCAUAGAAAAAGACAUUCCUCUUCAAAACAUAGAGAUUCGCGACAUCGGCAUAAGCAUGAUAGUAGCACCGAUGAUGAACAAAGUCAUAAGUCUGACCACUCUGAUAGUGACGGUCUUCAUUCUCGACAUAUACGGAAAAGAGAUUGCCCUUCAGAUUUUGAACACCAGAGGUCAAGAUGUCAUGGCUCCUCCGAGGAUGAGCAUCAUCCAUCUCAACAUCGUCACAAGCAUGAUAGCUCCUCUGAGAAUGAGCAUCGACGCUCUAGACAUCGGCACAAGCACCAUAGGUCUUCCGAUGAUGAGUAUAAUCAUCGACGGAAGAGAUCUCAUGCUGGAAAAGAAGUGGAAUUGGAGGAAGGAGAGAUAUAUGCGAAAUCAGAUCAAUCGAAAUUGAGUGAGGGAAAUGUUGCAAGUAGGGAGGCUUCUGCAGAUAUAUCAAACCUGGAUGCGGCGGAGGGAAGGGCUUCUUCCGUGCCGUCCACAACCACCACGGUUUCUAACGAUUUAAGAGCCAAAAUCCGAGCUAUGCUGAUGGCGACGUUGUAGUAAACAACACUGAACCUGUUUUCUUGUUUCUCUUUGUAUCAGCUUUGGUCUUUUCUUUUUUGAAUAUUAGCAUUGGUUAUACUUUUAUAUAAUAGUGGCUUAAGAUUCAUAUAUGACCAAAUUAAUCAAUUUU